AUGGACCUCCGAUCAUUACCGAACGAGCUUAUCGAAGCGAUUCUCAGGCAAGUAGACAUGAAAACCGUCCUCCUCGCCCAACGAGUCUGCCGACAAUGGGCCCUAUGCAUCCGAGGAUCUUCCCUAAUGCAACAAAUUCUAUUCUUCCAACCAGCACCAGCCAACAGGCCACGCCAACAAAACCCCCUGCUAGCAUCCAAAUUUCCAUACUGGUUCCCCGCCGAUGACCCUAAGUCAUGUGCCAUCGCCUUUGGCGCCGGCGACAUGCAGGAUUUCCUAGAGAGCAGCGACAUAUAUCGGCGGCCGGAGGCGAGCUGGCGCCGAAUGCUUGUCCAGCAACCACCUAUCAUGGCGCUGGGAUGGGUGGAGCGUAGCGUGUCGCCAUCCAGCGUGAUAGACCUGCAUCGCUGGGAAAUUCCACUACAAGCACUUGGUGGGUUACAAAUGAACAUACUGUACGAUCUGGUCGUGAAUACUUCGGAGGUUGCGCCGGAAUACUUCUAUUUCAGAGUCUUAUGGUCGCAAAGUAAGACUUUAAGCAGUAGCUUUGCUAGCCUUCACUCAGAUCCAAGUCCGUCUUUCAAUCCGGCCAGGAUGGAUGGGCCACUCAGGCAUGCAAUGCAGGGUGCGGGUGUGGUUCUUGAUAUGUGGUAUACAAGUCAAAUGAUCUGGAAGGAAUGGAAGAAAGACACGUGGACAUGGGAGCUUGUGCGGGGGCUGAAGCUUGCUAUGGAUGACUCUAAUAUUGAUCUGGUGCGCUGCAUGAGAGAGCCGAAGGAAGUCAAGAGCUGGACUUUGGCGGAAGAGUUGAGUGACUACGCUGUCGACCACGCUAUGCCUUUGCCUGAUGAAGAUGACAUGGACCUGUAA